UAUCAUUGGUUACCACUUCAGAACAGAUCAGGACUGACUCGGGGUUGACCAUGUCGAAGCGUAAAGGAAGCGAGUUAGCUGGGCCGAGUCGUAAGAAACCUUCGAGUCAUGCGGGGCCAAGUAGCAGAGUGACUGAUGAGGAGGAGAAGGAAGAAGAGAUGGACCUCACUCAGUGGCAGAACUACGACGUCAAUACGGGAAGUCAGCCACAGAACUACAACCUCAACACGAGAGAAGCAGAUAUUGGCAUUGUGGAAAAAAUCUGUCUAAAAAACUUCAUGUGUCACAGCAGACUUGAAAUAUCAUUGGGGCCGCAUGUCAACUUUAUCGUGGGAAGAAAUGGAAGUGGUAAGAGUGCCGUGGUUACAGCGUUAGUUGUGGGAUUGGGAGGAAAAGCGUCCGUUACCAGUAGAGGAAGCACCAUCAAAAGUUUCAUCAAGUCCGGCAAAAACAUGGCAGAGACAGAAAUUCAUCUCCGGAACAGAGGGCCUGACGCGUACAAAUCUCAAACCUACGGAGACAAGAUCAUUGUUGAGAGGAAAUUUACAGGCGACGGAUCCUCUUCUUAUAAAAUCAAGUCCAAGGAAGGUAAAGUGAUUUCUAUGAAGCGAGAGGAAUUAACAGCUAUCCUGGAUCAAUUCAACAUUCAAGUAGACAACCCUGUGGCCAUUCUGAAUCAGGACACCAGUCGGAACUUCCUCAACUCAAAAUCGCCACAAGACAGAUACAAG